AGAGCGCCUGCGCAGAGGGCCGGGCGCGAGGGCCGUAGGGUGCGUGCGCAGAGCGACGCGCGGUGGCAAAAUGGCGGACAAGGAGAAGAAGAAGAAGGAGAGCAUCUUGGAUCUGUCCAAGUACAUCGACAAGACGAUCAGGGUAAAGUUUCAGGGAGGCCGAGAAGCCAGUGGCAUCCUGAAAGGCUUUGACCCACUGCUCAACCUUGUGUUGGAUGGAACCAUUGAGUACAUGCGAGAUCCCGACGACCAAUACAAGCUGACGGAGGACACGCGCCAGCUGGGGCUCGUGGUGUGCCGCGGCACGUCGGUGGUGCUCAUCUGCCCGCAGGACGGCAUGGAGGCCAUCCCCAACCCCUUUGUACAGCAACAGGAUACCUAGCCCCAUCAGGCUAGCCAGGGCCGGUCCCUAGCCUCACGCGCCACCGCUGGCUCGGAGGGGCUUCCUUUUUGUAUAGGUUGAAAUUUUGUUGUUGUUUUUUU